CACCUGACCGGGAAGAAGCUGUCAGUUGGUCUCCACUCCUCCUCGCCUGAUGGCGUGUGUGACACAACCUGUCUGCCUCUGUGUACACGUGUAGUCACCGCUUUUGCUGUGUGUCUGUUUUCUUUUUGUUUCAACCAUGCCUUUAAUUAAAAUGGGUUUUAAACUGUUCCUGUUCGCCGCAGUCACCGUCCUGACCGUGCUGCUGCUGCGGCACUGGAUGGCUACCAAGCAGUACGUUUUCAACAAAGACGACGUAGCCAAAUUAGCCAAACAAUACGCAGGACAGGACCAUGAGCAGGCCUUCUCAAAAGUGGUGGUGGAACUCAGGAAGAGGUACCCUGGCCACAUCCUGCCAGAUGAAGACCUGCAGUGGAUCUUUGUGAAUGCUGGUGGUUGGAUGGGCUCCAUGUGUCUCCUCCAUGCCUCGCUCACGGAAUACCUGCUGCUGUUUGGUACUGCAGUCGACACAGGAGGACACUCGGGUCGUUACUGGGCUGAGAUUUCUGACACUAUCAUAUCCGGCACCUUCAGACAGUGGAAAGAGGGGACAACCAAGAGUGACAUAUACUACCCUGGUGACACCAUCGUUCACAGUAUAGGAGAGGCAACAUCCGUCCAGUGGAGCGCCGGGACGUGGAUGGUGGAGUACGGACAGGGUUUCAUCCCGUCCACGCUGGGAUUCGCUCUGGCAGAUACCCUGUUCAGCACCCAGGACUUCCUCACGAUGUUCUACACCGUACGCGUCUAUGCCAAGUGUCUGCUGCUUGAGGCCGGGACACUACUCACAGAGGCGGGGGUUUUCUGAGGCACGGUUGUUAAUUGGACUGUAACAUCGAAAGGUUUGCCUUGUCAUCACAUCCUUUUUCCCCAUCAACCACUAUCAGUCUAGCAUCGGGGAAACUCCAUGCUAGAUUACUCACGUUUAAAUAUUUUUACCUGGAAUAGUAGCAUCUGAAUUUGCAGAAGGACCGGACUGAAUUCCUAUUCUUGCCCCUUGUUAAGGCUAUCCAAAUAAAGUGUUUGAUUCACCCUGUGACAGCAACAACAAUGGAUCAUGUAUGAAUCAAACAUUAAUCCUAUUAAAUAAGGUCUUCAGUGUUUUUUUUUAAUCUGGCUUAAAGAAUGGACAACUAGAGACAUUUUUUUACAAGUACGUUGCCAAAUGAUGGUUCUGGGAAUAUUCAGAUAAUACUUGUGACCCGCAAUCAAGUGCAUCAACUCAGUAGCAACCAAUCACUUAAAAAAAAACAAAGCUGUGAUAAAUACUGGUUUGGGGACCAAGGAAUCACUUUAAAAACAAAUAUGCAAUGCUUAAUUUGGCUUAACUUAAAUACAUAAUGCAAAGCCAAAGCAUACUAUUUUCUUACUAAAUACCAUUUCAUAUUUAUAAGCAUUUCAAUUGUCUAAAAAGCUUGAAUUUCUUAACUGAUCACAAAAAUGUCAAGAAGCACGUAUGCUCCAAAGACUAAACCUCUCUUGACAGUUGGCUCUAAUUCCCUCAUAGACAAUCAAUUCUCUGUUAAUACUUAAUUUAUUUUUAAAAUGUGCUGAAGUAAACUGACAGGUUGAUGUUUGUGUGAAAUGUCCUAUUUUUUGGCUCAGUAUGAGUCAUAGUCGGGUUCAUUCCAGCUCAGCAGUGCUUUAAAGAUUAUACAUACUCUGUCAUGGUGCGUGAUCUACUACUUCAGAGCUACUGUGCAGCAACCCAGUGCAAUUUCCCCAUUUUUCUUUUCAGAACCCCACCUUUUACUUGGCUUUUCUUUCACCUUGGUAGAGCUAUUUGUUAAAUCCAAGAUAGAUCUUGUGGAAGCCAUUUCAAACAUUUCUGCAAUUCUCUUUCGGCUUAGAAAACAGAAAAAAAAAAAGGCUAAUGGAACCCUUUUUGGGGUUUUCCCUUUCCUUUAGUGUGAUGUAUAGGUUUUUGCAGUCUCUCCCACUGACUCGUGUAUUUACAUGGUAACAUAACUAUACAUGACUUGGCUUCAGCCUCUCUCGAUUGUGUGGACUUUGCACUAGCCCUAUUGGGCCUAAAACUUAACCCUAUCCACAGACACUUGGAAAUGUACUUUACAAGCAAAUAAUAUCGACCAUCUCCCAUCUACCUUUUCAGCCAUAAUUUUAACAACAUAUAAGGUUUCUUGGAAGCAAACUGUCAGCUAUCCAACCUGUGGUUGUUUGGUUUGCAUACAGCAGCAUCAGUAGCAGCGCGGUCUCAUGGAUGGAUGGCAAAAGAUUAUCACUGUACCUCAAAUGUUGAUGACUCAAUGUGCAAUUUACUGUAAAGGUAAACAUGGAAACUGACAGUGCCAGAAGAAAUAAAUGUUUUUGGAAGUUAAAUAACACAA